AUGGAACAACGAAAUAUUACAUGGAUAUCCAAAUUUAUGCUUCUGGGAUUUUCAGAGAGACCAGAGCUGCAGCCUCUCAUAUUUGGGCUUUUCCUCUCCAUGUACCUGAUCACUGUGUUGGGAAACCUCCUCAUCAUCCUGGCCAUCGGUUCUCACUCCCACCUCCACACGCCCAUGUACUUCUUCCUUGCCAACCUAUCUUUUGUAGACAUCUGCUUCACCUCCACCACCGUCCCAAAGAUGCUCCUAAACAUUCAGACUCAGAGCAAGGUCAUAACCUAUGAGGACUGCAUCACACAGAUGAACUUUUUCAUAAUCUUUUCAGGGAUGGAUAACUUACUCCUGGCUGUGAUGGCCUAUGACAGGUUUGUGGCCAUCUGUCACCCCCUACACUACACAGUCAUCAUGAACCCCCGGCUCUGUGGACUGCUGGUUCUAGCGUCCUGGGUCACAAGUGUCUUGCAUUCCUUGUUACAAACCUCAAUGGUGUUGCAGCUGUCCUUCUGUACAGAGGUGGAAAUCCCCCACUUUUUCUGUGAAUUCAAUCAGAUGAUCCAACUUGCCUGUUCUGACACCUUUCUUAAUAACUUGGUGAUGUAUCUUGCAGCUGUGGUGCUGGGGGGUGCUCCUCUUGCUGGGAUCCUUUACUCUUACUCUAAGAUAGUUUCUACUAUAAUUGGGAUCUCAUCCACUCAGGGCAAGUAUAAAGCAUUUUCCACCUGUGCGUCUCACCUCUCCCUUGUCUCCUUGUUUUAUUGUACGGUCCUGGGAGUGUACCUUAGCUCCGCUGCCACCCAGAGUUCCCACUCCAGUGCUGUAGCCUCUGUGAUGUACACGGUGGUCACGCCCAUGCUGAACCCCUUCAUCUACAGUCUGAGGAACAGAGACAUAAAAAGGGCUCUGAAAAGAAUCGGUGGGGUUCCAGUGAUGUAA